CGCGCGCGCGCGCGUGCGGGAGGGGGCGGGUGGGGAAGGAUCGCCAGAGAGAUCCGAGGCGAGCCUCGCGCGCCCGCCCCCGCCCUGGCCCCCAGCUCCCACCCGGUGGGCCCGGCUCAGCCAUGAUCAAGGCGAUCCUCAUCUUUAAUAACCACGGGAAGCCGCGGCUCUCCAAGUUCUACCAGCCCUACAGUGAAGAUACACAACAGCAAAUCAUCAGGGAGACAUUCCAUUUGGUGUCUAAGAGGGAUGAGAAUGUUUGUAAUUUCCUAGAAGGAGGAUUAUUAAUUGGAGGAUCUGACAACAAACUGAUUUAUAGACAUUAUGCAACAUUGUAUUUUGUCUUCUGUGUGGAUUCUUCAGAAAGUGAACUUGGCAUUUUAGAUCUAAUUCAAGUAUUUGUGGAAACAUUAGACAAGUGUUUUGAAAAUGUCUGUGAACUGGAUUUAAUUUUCCAUGUAGAUAAGGUUCACAAUAUUCUUGCAGAAAUGGUGAUGGGAGGAAUGGUAUUGGAGACCAACAUGAAUGAGAUUGUUACACAAAUUGAUGCGCAAAAUAAACUGGAGAAAUCUGAGACCUUUAUCUUUCAAUCUCCCAGACAGGACAGGUAGACAAGCAAAUAGUUUACACUGGCCUAUUUUGUAUCAGUCAAGAUUUUUCUCAGGUAACAGCUUUAUUAUUAUUAUUUCUUAAUUAGCAAAGAGGUAGGAUUACAUAAGAGGGAAAAAACCAAAAUACAGAGAGGGAGUUUAAAACUAAUCUUUCUGAUUACAUGGCCACUGUCUCAUAUAUGUCAUCUAAGCAAAGUGGAAGAUUUGUUUUUGUUACUUAAUUGCUUUUUGUGCAAGAUGUUGUAUGGCACUGAAUUCAGAUGUGUUUGUUGGCUUUAUUAUAUAACCUGAAUAAAAAUUGACAAAAUCUAAUUGGUAUAUAAAUUCAGCCUUAAAAAUAUGAAGACUGAUGUAGUUAUUUGAGAAGUGAUAUAUAUGCAUUUUCUUUUUUUUAAGCCUAUUUUCUCUCAAAAUUAUUUCACAAAUUAUAAAUUUUCCUAAUAUGAAAGCCAAAUAUUGUGCACUAAUGGUGGUGGAAAUUUUAAAGCUUAUUUAUUUAUAUAUACUACCUUUUAAAUUUAUGCUGUUCUUUAAAUUUGUAUAUUGUAAACUGAACAUAUGUUGAAUCUACCUUAUAUGACGAAGUAUUUUUAGUCAUUAUAUUUUUACCAGUGCAUUUAAGGAUUGGAUUGAUCCACUUCUUCCAGUUUCAUUUUUAGCCAGAACUGUUAUCUUUGGAUUGAGGCUUCACUUUAAAAGCCUGAUUUUUUUUUUUUUUUGACGUUCUAGAACUUUUCUAGAAAAGUUUAGAAGAGCCUCUACAAUUUUAAAAAAUAGCUCUAAAUAAACUUUAUUGUAUUGAAAUGUUUUAAGGGGUUAGCCCUAAGAAACUGAACAAACUAUUUAUUACUUUCAGUUUUUAUUUCACAGCAUAUAUUGAUAAUAAAUAACAGUUUAAAAGCAAAAUAACCCCAAAUCUAUCACAGUUAUUGCAAGAGAUGUUUAAUAAGGAAACUAAUGUAAAAUACACUUCAUGCUUUUAACUCAGUUAAAUCAGGAUAUAGGUGAAGAUCUAGCUUUGUCAUUUGAAUAACAUUUGUGAUGUCUCUGUAGUGCAAGUUAAUCUGUAUUUAAAUCUUGACAUUGUUAUCAUUGCAUGUAUUCACUGUAUUUUUUACUGUGUCAACUGUUUUCUCUUAUAGAUUAGUAUUUCAGAGUAACCAUUCCAUACCAAUUCAAACUACCAUCUGGUCUCUAAGCUUGUUAUAUGAAAAUCUUUUAUCAUUGUCCUCCAUUUUUAGUGUUUUUUUUUGAUGAGCUACACCUGAGUUGUACAUUUUCUUUUUCUUUUAUUUGCUUC